UUGAUCGAAUCAGAAAUUGAUUCUUAUGGGAAACCAAUUGGACCAAAUCACUCAACCCCUCACCUCACCUUCACCCUCGCCCUUUCCUUCUCCGUUCGACUCUCUAUCUCUUCUCUUCUCAAAACUCAACCCCCAUCGCCGGUCGUCAGCAAGCGGACCACCGUCACCCUCCCUUGCAUCUUUUUCCGGGCCGACGCUACUGGCGCUGUGAAGAGAUCGGUACUCUCUUCAUUUCGGACCAGCGCAGAUCGUGGCCACCACUCCACCGCUCUCUUCGUUCAUUAGCCGGACAAAAAAUCCUCUUUCCGGCGAUCCCGGUUAGCAAGGUAUUUAAACGGGUUUGGGUAGUAGCAGAACCACAUAUCCCUGUCUCUAAAUCGAACGAAAAUGGCAGCCAAAGCAAGUCCGCCGAAUCUCCACAAAUCGGUGGCUAUUUCCAAAGGAUACAACUUCGCUUCUACUUGGGAACAGAAUGCUCCUCUUACGGAGCAACAACAAGCAGCAAUUGUGGCACUGUCUCAUGCCGUGGCUGAGCGACCAUAUCCAACCACUCUGGCCCAAGACCACAUCUCUAGACAGGAAAAUGGUGGCUUGGCUGUUACCAAUAAGGACAGUGCUUUUGGAGAUUCUCAAGCCAUAGAAGCAGUUUUAGUUAAUACAAAUCAGUUCUACAAAUGGUUUACUGAUCUUGAAUCAGCCAUGAAAUCAGAGACAGAGGAGAAGUAUCAGCACUAUGUCAACACUUUGACAGAGCGCAUACAGACAUGUGAUGGUAUACUUCAUCAGGUGGAUGAAACUCUAGAUUUGUUUAAUGAAUUACAACUGCAACAUCAAGCGGUAGCUACAAAGACUAAGACUCUUCAUGAUGCCUGUGAUAGACUGUUAAUAGAAAAGCAAAGACUGAUUGAGUUUGCUGAAGCGCUUCGUAGUAGGCUCCACUACUUUGAUGAAUUGGAGAAUAUUGCUACAAAUUUUUAUUCUGCAAAAGUGAAUGUUGGAACUGAGAACUUUCUUCCGCUACUCAAACGGCUUGACGAGUGCAUAUCGUAUGUUGAAAGCAAUCCACAAUAUGCAGAAUCUAAUGUUUAUUUGCUCAAAUUUCGACAACUCCAGUCUCGAGCCCUGGGUAUGAUUCGCUCUCAUGUCCUUUCCGUUCUGAAAGGUGCUUCGUCUCAGGUCCAGACAGCAAUCCGGAGUGCUGGUGGUAAUAAGGCCUCUGUUUCUGAGGGUGUAGAGGCAUCUGUUAUAUAUGUCCGAUUCAAAGCAGCUGCAAAUGAGCUCAAGCCCAUACUGGAGGAAAUAGAAAGCAGAUCAUCUAGAAAAGAAUAUGCUCAGAUCCUUUCAGAAUGCCACAAAUUAUAUUGUGAACAGCGGCUUUCUUUCGUAAAAGGCAUUGUACUUCAGCGAAUAUCUGAAUUUUCCAAGAAAGAGGCAUUGCCAUCCUUAACCAGAUCUGGAUGUGCAUAUCUAAUGCAGGUUUGUCAACUUGAGCACCAACUCUUUGAUCACUUUUUCCCAUCUUCUUCAGAGGAUGCUUCUUGUUUGGCUGCAUUGAUUGAUCCAUUGUCUACUUACUUAUAUGAUACACUGCGCCCAAAACUCAUUCACGAAACUGAUGUUGACCUUCUUUGUGAACUUGUUGAUAUACUUAAAGUUGAAGUCUUGGGGGAACAGCUUAGCAGACGGAGUGAGUCAUUGGCUGGGCUAUGCCCUACGCUGGAAAGAAUUUUAGCAGAUAUUCAUGAGCGACUGACUUUCCGUGCUCGAACACACAUUCGUGAUGAGAUAGCUAAUUACAUUCCUUCCGAUGAAGACUUAGAUUACCCUGCAAAGCUGGAGAGAUCUGCCGAGGCGAAAACAGAAAGUACUUCUGUUGAAGAGACUGCAGAUGUUUUUACAACUUGGUACCCACCUCUUGAGAAAACUCUAUCAAUCCUCUCGAAGUUGUACCGUUGUCUAGAAUCAUCUGUCUUCACUGGUUUAGCACAGGAAGCAGUUGAAGUUUGCUCCUUUUCCAUCCAAAAAGCAAGCAAACUCGUUGCGAAGAAAACAACAGCAAUGGAUGGGCAGCUUUUCCUUAUUAAACAUCUUUUAAUCUUGAGGGAGCAGAUAGCUCCAUUUGAUAUAGAAUUUUCAGUCACAUACAAAGAACUUGACUUCUCUCAUUUGCUGGAGCACUUAAGACGGAUACUCAGAGGUCAAACUUCUCUUUUCGAUUGGUCAAGAUCAACUUCAUUAGCAAGGAAUUUGUCUCCCCGAGUUCUUGAAAGUCAAGUAGAUGCCAAAAGGGAACUGGAGAAAAGCUUAAAAGCAACUUGUGAGGAGUUCAUUAUGUCAGUCACUAAACUGAUUGUGGAUCCAAUGCUGUCAUUUGCUACCAAGGUUACGGCUGUAAAAGUUGCACUGUCCUCUGGCAGUCAAAAUCAGAAAGUAGAGUCAAUUAUGGCCAAACCACUGAAGGACCAAGCCUUUGCCAGUCCAGAGAAGGUGGCAGAACUUGUGCAGAAGGUUAAUACUGCUAUUCAGCAAGAAUUGCCCUUGGUGAUGGCAAAAAUGAAGCUUUAUCUGCAGAACCCAUCAACAAGAACAAUACUUUUUAAACCAAUAAAGACAAAUAUUGUGGAAGCACAUAGUCAAGUACAAUCCCUUGUAAGAUCUGAAUAUACCCCUGAAGAACAAACCAUCAUCAAUAUGUUGCCCAUGCAGGAGCUGCAAGAACAACUUGAUAACCUCCUUUAGGUUGCGUGUAUAGCCUAAUCAAUUUUUCUUUUCAAUGAUCUUAUCCACAUGAGGAGCAAUUUUGGUUUGUCAAGUAGGGUUUGAAAUCACUUAGGUCACUGGUGCCUAAGAAGUGCAGGGUGGAAAUUUAAAGACGAUGUGGGAAGUAUAUUACAGUGCCAUUUACAUAUUAAGAGUAUAAUGAACUGAACUAUAAAGACCAGAUUGUAUUCAUUAUUUGUAAGUCCCUUAUUGUAACUCAGUCAAUUAUGAAUUUAAAUAUUUUCCGGCUAUAUUCUUAAUAAUAUAGCAUACGAGACUCCAAUGAGAAACGCUUGUAAGUUUUUGUUUU